UCCCCCCCGCUUCUUUUUUUACCCGUCGCCAUGGCGCGCAUGAACAGACCCGCACCGGUGGAAAUCACCUACAAGAACAUGAGGUUUCUCAUCACUCACAACCCCACCAACGCCACCCUCAACAAGUUCAUUGAGGAGCUAAAGAAGUACGGCGUGACCACGGCAGUGAGGGUGUGCGAGGCCACAUAUGACGCCACUCUGGUUGUUAAGGAGGGAAUUCAAGUCCUGGACUGGCCGUUUGACGACGGCGCUCCUCCCUCCAACCAGAUUGUGGACGACUGGCUCAACCUGCUCAAGCUCAAGUUCCGCGAGGAGCCCGGCUGCUGCGUGGCCGUGCACUGCGUGGCGGGCCUCGGCAGAGCUCCCGUCCUGGUCGCCCUCGCCCUCAUUGAGUGCGGCAUGAAGUAUGAAGAUGCUGUGCAGUUCAUUCGGCAGAAGCGUCGCGGCGCCUUCAACAGCAAGCAGCUCUUCUACCUGGAGAAAUAUCGUCCAAAGAUGCGCCUGCGCUUCAAAGAUUCCAACAGCCAUCGCAACAACUGCUGCAUUCAGUAGGACGACGACGGCGGCGGCGACGACGACAUGUUGCCUUUGUCUCACAGCCCGUAAAUAACAAAAAGAUUUCAGCGUUUUCUCCAGAUCCAUCUUAAGGUCCAUGUACUGGGUAGUACACGCUCUGUCCUCUCGAUUAAGCGCACUAGGAGAAAGGUCCCACCGAUACGGAUUUGUUUUUGUUUUUUUAGGCUCAUUCCGAUAUUUAGCGUAUUAAAGUCUGAAAAGAUAUAAUGAAUGAAAUGACAAGGAUGAAUAACAAAUAGCAGAACAUUGUUUUUACAAUACACUUCUUUUUUUAUUUAUUGCCCUUUACUGUAUAUUUAGCUUUGCAACAGGCUGAAGAAAUGGCUAAUUAUUAAUUUUUAAAGAGCUGAUAUUUGACAAUUAGUUGUAUGGACACCACCGAUUUUUGCCAAUUUGAUCGGUGCAAAGUUGAGUUUUUGCACACUAGGACAACUUUGACCUUUUGAGGCUACUAGCCUUUGACACGCUAAUUGUCGCUACUGGCAACCUUGUCAACGCCUGGUGUGUUACCGGUGAGGACAAAGCGCAACCAGUACAUGGACCUCAAGGUGGAUUUCAAAUGCUGAAAGGCCUUUCCUUCCUUACCAGUUUGUCCUCACGGCCAUCUUGUCUCAUUAAAAGUCUAGAUUAGCUUCUUUGCGUUUGUUUACUAAUUAAACUGCCACAAUGUGAUUUUGUUUUUUCAAACUGGAUACCCGACGUUUGCGCUAUUUUGUACGCCUUCUCAUUUGAUGUCCCUAACUUAACUCUUGGAUACUUGAUCAUUUGAUGUAUUUGAUGAUUCUUCUUCUUGGUUGGCUAUUUAUAUCUUAUCGAUGGACGUGAGUGAUUCAGUUUGUGAGCAGCAAAGUUGUACCUGUUGACCAACUUGUUACGGUUCUAUUAAAGUGACAAACCGCCA